AUGCGACAUCUGGACUUAUCCUGGCUGGGGCUGGGGCCCAUGUCAGCCUCACCAUGGCUUCUCUUUUUCUUGGUUGGGGCUUCCUGGCUCUUGGUCCGCUGCCUCACCCAGAUCUUCACUUUGUGUGAAAAGUGUCAUCGUCUUCGUGGCUUUCCUCAGCCACCCAAGAGGAGUUGGUUUUGGGGUCACUUGGGCAUGUCCCCUCCCACAGAAGAAGGCAUGAAGGAGCUGACUGAGCUGGUGGCCACCUAUCCCCAGGGUUUUAUGACCUGGUUAGGUCCGAUAGUUCCCCUCAUCCAUUUAUGUCACCCUGACAUCAUCCGAUCUGUCGUCGCUGCCUCAGCUGCUGUUGCCCCAAAGGAUGCUAUCUUCUACAGCUUCCUGAAACCAUGGCUGGGGGAUGGGCUCUUGGUGAGCGCUGGUGACAAGUGGAACCGCCACCGUCGUAUGCUGACACCCGCCUUUCAUUUCAACAUCCUGAAACCUUAUGUGAAGAUUUUCAAUGACAGCACCAACAUCAUGCAUGACAAGUGGCUGCGCCUGGCGGCAGGGGGUAGCAUUCGUCUGGACAUGUUUCAGAACAUCAGCCUCAUGACCUUGGACACUUUGCAGAGAUGUGUCUUCAGCUUCAGCAGCAACUGUCAGGAGAAGCCUAGCGAGUACAUUGCUGCCAUCCUGGAGCUCAGUGCCCUCGUGGUGAAAAGAAACGAGCAGCUGCUUCUGCACAUAGACCCGCUCUACCGCCUCACACCUGAUGGAAUGCACUUCUACAAGGCCUGCCGCCUGGUGCAUGACUUCACUGAUGCCGUCAUCCAGAAGCGACGUCAGACUCUGCCCAGUCACGGUGGUGAUGAUGUCAUUAAGGCCAAGGCCAAGUCAAAGACUCUGGACUUCAUUGAUGUGCUGCUGCUAAGCAAGGAUGAAGAUGGAAAGGUGUUGUCAGACGAGGACAUCCGAGCUGAGGCUGACACCUUCAUGUUUAGGGGCCAUGACACCACAGCCAGUGGGCUCUCCUGGAUCCUGUACAACCUAGCGAAACACCCUGAAUACCAGGAGCGCUGUCGGCAGGAGGUGAGGGAUCUUCUUAAGGACAGAGCAUCUACAGAGAUUGAGUGGGACGACCUGAACCAGCUGCCCUUCCUGACCAUGUGCAUCAAGGAGAGUCUGCGGCUGCAUCCUCCGGUCGCAAUGGUCUCCCGCUGCUGCACCCAGGACAUUUGCCUCCCAGAUGGCAGGGUCAUCCCUAAAGGUGUCAUCUGCAUCAUUGAUAUUUUUGGAAUCCAUCACAACCCAACUGUGUGGCAGGACCCUGAGGUCUAUGAUCCCUUCCGCUUUGAUCCAGAGAACAUCCAGGAUAGGUCACCUCUGGCAUUUAUUCCCUUCUCGGCAGGACCCAGGAACUGCAUCGGACAGACUUUCGCCAUGAGCGAGAUGAAGGUGGCGCUGGCGCUCACACUGCUGCGCUUCCGCGUCCUGCCCGACGACAAGGAGCCGCGCCGGAAGCCUGAACUGAUCCUGCGCGCGGAGGGCGGGCUGUGGCUGCGGGUGGAGCCGCUGAGCUCUGGUGCACACUGA